CCACGUUUACCCUGAUCAAAACUUCAGAGUCAGAGUAAAGUUGACAUUCUUGUUUAAACUGUAACAGUUGUGCUACGACAAUUCUUAAAUUAUGGGAUAUUUUUGCGCGUUAAGUUUUCUUCUCAUGGCUUUAUUUGAAAACGUCCUCACGUUGAAGCCUAAAGAUGUGUGCUUGCUCGAAAUGGAUGAGGGACCAUGUAGGGCGGACAUUCAGCGUUACUUUUACAACAGAAUCAGUCAGCGCUGUGAAGAAUUCGGCUACGGCGGCUGCCACGGAAACGGGAACAACUUUAAGAGUUAUGCUGAAUGCCAGAAAUCAUGCUGGAGGAUACCAAAAAUCCCUCAGAUCUGCAGGUUUCCCGUGGAUGUGGGACGGUGUCGUGCUCUUCACAAGAAGUAUUUCUUUAACAUGACCACUAUGCAGUGUGAAAUGUUCUUUUACGGUGGCUGUGACGGCAAUGAAAACCGUUUCAACAGCAUGGAUUCCUGCUUAGAAUAUUGCAAACCUCAAAAAACUGUCCCUUUGGUGUGUCUUGAUCCCCUGGACAAAGGCCGGUGCUCGGCCUCCAUACCGCGUUAUUACUUUAACUCAGUCACCAAGAUGUGUGAGGAGUUUGAGUAUUCUGGUUGUGGAGGAAGCAGUAACAACUUUAUUUCAAGACAAAAUUGCAUUGAUGUCUGUGGUAAAGGUGGGAAGUCACGGAAACCCAGGAAGAGGUCUGGGUCAAGAAUGCUAAGGCGUCGAUCAUAAAGGGGAAAAAAUGCAACACCAUAUCUGCGGUCACCUUUAAGCUCUGCUUUUUAUAAAGUUUUGAAGGAGCAGCCUUGCAGAAGAUGUUUUGGAAAGUUGUCGCUAUAACGUAGUGCACUUACAGGACCUGAAGAGAACUGUUUGCCUGAGGGUCUGGCUCUGGGGAUCGAGGCCGAUGCAUCUCCAGUAUUGGUUGCCAGCCCAACCAGAUGUGCCAAUGACAGUCCAGCUAUGGUUUUCUGCUGCAGGACCAACAUAAGUUUUCUGUUUCAAAUGUGAAUGUACAGUACAUAUCUUUUUUUUGUGCUGCUUAUUGAUACUGUUUUUAAUCACUGUAUUCAACAGUAUGAAAGGCUUCCAAUAUUUGGUAUUUUAUUGUGAUAUUUUAUCAUAUUGUGAUAUUUUAUCAUAUUGUUGAUUUGUAUUAUAGGCUAUCUUGUUGUAGCCUACUUAAAAUGUAAAAGUUAUGUUUUUUUACAUUGUGUUUGAGUUUGUAUAGUGAUAUAUUGACAAUGACCAUAAUGGUUUGAUUUUUGAAAAAAUUUUUUGCUAAAUCACACUGCUGACACUUCUGUCAUCACUGGAAUUUACUCACUUUGUCAAUUUAUGUGCCAAAAUAUGACCAAAUGUUGUCAGGAAUCACGUUUGUAAUAAACAAAAACUUUUCUUGAAA